AUGAAUCGAUUCAGACGAAUCCUUGAAACCGCCGGCUGUAUAUCGAAUCAGCCACUGGUUGAACCUAAAAUCCAACGCCGGAAGCAUCCUCUCGACCGCUGGCUUCAUGUGCCACUUCAAUCGGUGGAAUCGGAACUUUGCAGAACAGGUAUGCUGCUGCUUCUUCACAGUACAUGUCUGGUUCGAGGAUCUUUACUACAGGGGCAUCACCCCAGAAGCAAACAAUUGUUGGGUCAGUUUUAUAUGGUGUACUGCCUUGGAGGAAAUGAGCCACGGCUUGUUUCUGCUGCCGUGGAGCAGUUGAAAACCUUGCCGUUUUAUCACUCCUUUUGGAACCGUACUACUAAGCCUUCUCUGGAUCUUGCUAAGGAUCUUCUAAACAUGUUCACGGCUAACAAAAUGGCCAAAGCUUUUCUUACAAACAGUGGAUCCGAGGCCAAUGAUAACCAGGUCAAGCUGGUUUGGUACUACAAUAAUGCACUUGGGAGACUUGAGAAGAAAAAAUUUAUUGCCAGAAAGAAAUCAUACCACGGCUCCACUCUAAUAUCAGCAAGUUUGUCCGGGUACGAUCAAUCUAGUUCCUCUAUAGAAGUGCCAAUGAUUCUUUUCUUUCGUAACAAAUGUAAUCCGUUUUAUUUUGAUUUUAACCUUGGAACUGUUUGUCUAGGUGAAACGGAAGAGGAGUUCUCAACCAGAUUAGCCAAGAAUUUAGAGGAUCUUAUCAUUAAAGAGGGUCCAGAAACAAUUAUGUUGGCAUCUAAAUAUAAUACAAAUGUCUUCUUACUAGAUUGGUUGGUGCUUUUCGCUGGUGGUGUGAUGGGAAGAAGCAUGAGUGAAAAGGCAGGUGCAGCUUUCAGUGAAGCUCAAUGGCAAGAGCUUGAGAGACAGAGGAAUAUAUUCAAGUACUGA